UCUCCCGAGGCGCCCCGGGCUGUGCGGUCGGUCCAGCAGGGUCCGGACCGCAUCUCCCGAGGCGCCCCGGGUAGUGUGGUUGGCCGGCCGGGACUGCACCUCCCGCGCCGCCCCGGUUUGUUCGGCCGGGACUGCACCUCCCGGGACUGCGUCUCCCGCGGCUGCCCGGUUUGUGCUGCCGGCCGGGACUGCACUUCCCGCGGCGCCCCGGCUUGUUCGGCCGGGACUGCAUCUCCCGGGGCGCCCCGCGGCGGGGCGGGGCGGGCCGUGCGGCGGAAGGGGCGCCGCUCCCGUCGGCGGCGGGGGCAGCUCUAUCCGGGCCCUUGGCGCUCUCCCUUCCUUUCGCGCCGGCGGCCGCUGGAGGCGGCGGGUCCAUGUGCGCUCGGCGCGGCCGCGGCCCCUGCCCUCCGCCCCCCGCGCUGCCCCCGCCAUGGACCCCAGCGGCAUCAUCGAGGCCCUGCGCGGCACCAUGGACCCGGCGCUGCGCGAAGCCGCCGAGCGGCAGCUCAACGAGGCUCAUAAGUCAGUGAACUUUGUUUCAACCCUGCUUCAGAUCACUAUGUCCGAGCAACUGGAUUUACCAGUGAGACAGGCAGGGGUUAUCUACUUGAAAAAUAUGAUAACCCAGUAUUGGCCAGAUCGUGAAACUGCACCAGGAGAGAUCCCACCUUACUCCAUCCCAGAAGAAGAUAGACAUUGUAUUCGUGAGAAUAUUGUAGAAGCCAUUAUCCACUCUCCUGAGCUGAUCAGAGUACAACUUACUACUUGCAUUCACCAUAUUAUCAAGUAUGACUAUCCUAGUCGCUGGACUGCAGUUGUGGAGAAAAUUGGAUUUUAUCUCCAGUCUGACAACAGUGCUUGUUGGCUUGGAAUUCUUCUUUGUCUUUAUCAACUCGUGAAAAACUAUGAGUACAAGAAACCAGAGGAGCGGAGUCCUUUGAUAGCUGCAAUGCAACAUUUUCUACCAGUUCUGAAGGAUAGCUUCAUUCAGCUCUUGAAUGAUCCAUCAGAUCAGUCUGUCCUCAUCCAGAAACAGAUUUUCAAAAUAUUUUACGCCCUUGUCCAGUAUACAUUACCUUUGGAGUUGAUAAAUCAGCAAAACCUGACGGAGUGGAUAGAAAUCCUGAAGACUGUUGUUGAUAGGGAUGUACCAGCUGAAACCCUUCAAGUUGAUGAAGAUGAUAGACCUGAGUUGCCUUGGUGGAAAUGCAAGAAGUGGGCUUUGCAUAUCUUAGCUAGGCUUUUUGAGAGGUAUGGAAGCCCUGGCAAUGUUUCCAAGGAGUACAAUGAGUUUGCUGAAGUGUUCCUGAAAGCCUUUGCUGUUGGUGUUCAGCAGGUGUUGCUGAAGGUGCUGUAUCAAUACAAGGAGAAGCAGUACAUGGCUCCCAGAGUUCUGCAGCAGACACUGAAUUACAUCAAUCAAGGAGUGUCACAUGCAGUCACCUGGAAGAAUCUGAAACCUCAUAUUCAAGGAAUUAUCCAAGAUGUUAUUUUUCCAUUGAUGUGCUAUACAGAUGCUGAUGAAGAGCUUUGGCAAGAAGAUCCAUAUGAAUAUAUUCGCAUGAAAUUUGAUGUAUUUGAAGACUUCAUUUCUCCAACAACUGCUGCUCAGACAUUAUUGUUUACAUCCUGUAGUAAAAGGAAAGAGGUCCUGCAGAAGACAAUGGGCUUUUGUUAUCAAAUCCUUACCGAGCCAAAUGCUGACCCUCGUAAGAAGGAUGGUGCUUUACAUAUGAUUGGUUCUUUGGCUGAAAUUCUCCUAAAAAAAAAGAUCUAUAAAGACCAGAUGGAAUAUAUGUUGCAGAAUCACGUGUUCCCUCUCUUCAGCAGUGAGCUGGGUUACAUGAGAGCACGGGCUUGUUGGGUUCUUCAUUACUUUUGUGAAGUCAAAUUUAAGAGUGACCAGAAUCUCCAGACAGCCUUAGAACUCACAAGACGGUGUCUGAUCGAUGACAGGGAAAUGCCUGUGAAAGUGGAAGCUGCCAUAGCUCUUCAAGUUCUCAUCAGUAACCAAGAGAAAGCUAAAGAAUAUAUUACUCCAUUCAUUAGACCUGUAAUGCAAGCUUUACUUCACAUUAUAAGAGAGACUGAAAAUGAUGAUCUUACUAAUGUGAUUCAGAAGAUGAUCUGUGAAUAUAGUGAAGAAGUUACUCCAAUUGCAGUAGAAAUGACACAGCAUUUGGCAAUGACAUUUAACCAGGUGAUCCAGACUGGUCCAGAUGAAGAGGGCAGUGAUGACAAAGCAGUGACAGCAAUGGGAAUCUUGAAUACUAUUGAUACACUUCUCAGUGUAGUUGAAGAUCACAAGGAAAUUACUCAGCAGCUGGAAGGGAUCUGUUUGCAGGUGAUUGGAACAGUUUUGCAGCAGCAUGUGUUAGAGUUCUACGAGGAGAUCUUUUCCUUGGCUCAUAGUCUGACCUGCCAACAGGUUUCUGCACAAAUGUGGCAGCUUCUUCCUCUUGUGUUUGAAGUCUUUCAGCAGGAUGGUUUUGAUUAUUUUACUGACAUGAUGCCUCUCUUGCAUAAUUAUGUUACUGUUGAUACAGAUACACUUCUGUCAGACACAAAAUAUCUUGAAAUGAUCUACAGUAUGUGCAAGAAGGUCCUUACAGGAGUUGCUGGAGAAGAUGCAGAAUGUCAUGCAGCAAAGCUGUUAGAAGUAAUUAUUCUUCAAUGUAAAGGGCGUGGCAUUGAUCAGUGCAUACCCUUAUUUGUGGAAGCUGCCUUGGAGAGACUGACCAGAGAAGUGAAAACCAGUGAACUACGAACAAUGUGCCUCCAGGUUGCCAUAGCUGCUUUGUAUUACAAUCCUCAUUUACUAUUAAAUACCUUGGAAAAUCUUCGUUUUCCCAAUAAUGUGGAGCCUGUCACCAAUCACUUCAUAACACAGUGGCUUAACGACGUGGACUGUUUCUUGGGACUUCAUGAUAGAAAGAUGUGUGUGCUUGGCUUGUGUGCUCUUAUUGAUCUGGAGCAAAUACCACAGGUUUUAAAUCAAGUUGCUGGACAGAUUCUGCCAGCUUUUAUCCUUUUAUUUAAUGGAUUGAAAAGAGCAUAUGCCUGUCAUGCAGAGCAUGAAAAUGACAGUGAUGAUGAUGAUGAAGCUGAAGAAGAUGAGGAAACAGAGGAGUUGGGGAGUGAUGAAGAUGACAUUGAUGAAGAUGGUCAAGAAUAUCUAGAAAUUCUAGCAAAACAGGCAGGUGAAGAUGGAGAUGAUGAAGACUGGGAAGAAGAUGAUGCUGAAGAGACUGCUUUGGAAGGCUACUCCACGAUUAUUGAUGAUGAAGACAACCCUAUUGAUGAAUAUCAGAUAUUUAAAACAAUUUUUCAGACAAUUCAGAGCCGUAACCCUGUGUGGUACCAAGCCUUGACACAGGGUCUUAACGAAGAACAAAGAAAACAGUUGCAGGACAUAGCAACUCUGGCAGAUCAGAGGCGGGCAGCACAUGAAUCCAAAAUGAUUGAAAAGCAUGGAGGAUACAAAUUCAAUGCUCCAGUUGUGCCAACUUCAUUUAAUUUUGGAGGCCCUGCCCCAGGAAUGAAUUGAAUUAUCACUUUUCCUGCUACUGUGUGAUUGUAGUGAAGAGCUUGUGUUCCUCCCAAUAGUGGUUCCAGAACUGGUUCAUGUUAUCUACAACUCACUCUAAACUAAUUUAUAAAUAGAUUGGACAAAAGCCCCAGAAGUGGGACCUGAUCGUACAACCUAAUACUGGAAAGCAAACCAGAGGUUUUAUUGAAGAUAGGAAGAAUCUGAAUUUAAAGCUUCAAAUGACACACUUUGGAGAUCGGAAAUCAAGAGGGGAUGUCAUGAAGGCAGCUUUUCUUUUUCUGAGGAAAAACAAAAUAGACAUGGGCUGCAGGACUAUUUAAAAUGUCUCAUUUACAGUACAGAGUAGAAGGCAGACAAUUUUUACACCUGUGGCAGUAUGAGUAUUGGCCCAGUUUAUUUCCCUUUUAUCCCUACUAUUGGGUGUCUAUUCUUUUAAUGUAAAUAAGAUAAGGUAAUCAGAUAGCCUUACUUAAUCUUCAUCAUUUCCAUUUAUCAAGAUUGUUCAUAUGUAGAAUAUUGGACACUUAAUGUAGCACUACAUAACUGAUAAAUCUGUAAAUGAAUUAGCACUUUCAUAUUGAAACAAGCCUGCUAGCCUAUGUACAAAAAUAGCAAAAAUGUUUGCUGUUUAUAAAAAUAAAAAAUAAGGGAUGUACUGGGGAAAAUAAUUUCAAGUUAAUAAUUUAAAAUGAACUAGCAGUUUUGUACCUGGUGACUUUGUGGUGCAGUCACCUCUGGUUGUGACUUGAAUUCGGUUAUGUAAAAAGGGGUUAGUGAUAUUUCAUUGCUGCUAAAGAAAAAAUAGCAACACCCUCCGUGUCCUUUGUUUUUUUUUUAAAGAUGUCACUGUACAAGGUAGAGAAUUGAUACAAAUGUGUACUGUAAGCACAAAGAAAAAAGUUAUCCUUUUAGGUAAAUGAGGUGUGAAGAUCUUAAGGUCAAUUGAAGUGUGUAGAUGAAACAUCUACAUAUGCAAUCUAUUAAAAACAUGACAACGUCAUUGGCUGAUCUGGGCUAUGGUGUAUAAAAGCAAUUUUUUUGCCCCAACUGUGCAAAAUAGUCUUUUUCCAGCUCAUGGUAGUGCAGGUGCACUACUCCUGCAUUUCAUUCCCCCUCUUUUUGCACUUGCAGCAUUAGUGUGUGCUGUUGUCUGCCUGAUCCAGACAGUGUAUUUGAAGUUUUGCCAAUCUUUCAUUUUUGAAGCCACAAUUUUCUUCCUUCAAAGUUGCUAUAGUAACUAGUAUUUUAGCUAGAGAGGCAAAAUACAGUUCCCUCUGGGACCACUAUCAAAACCACUGUAUGAAGAAGCCAGCAGGGAGAUGCUGUGAACGGGUUGGCUUAAAUGCCCCCUUUUUCUUUUCUAAAAGCAAAAAUCCAUUGGCGUUUGAUCUUGCCUUGAGAUCAUUGGUGUCAGGUCUUUUAAAUCAAAUGUUUGGGUUGGUUUUUUUUUUUUUCUUUAGGCUGUUUUUAUAUAAAAAUGUCACCUGCUGUUACAAUUGAUAUUAAACGAGCUACCUUUAAUUUAAUGUAAGCCUCCAAAAUUUAAAUACAGGUUAAAAAAUAAACUUUUUAUCUGUAAAAAUGAAAUGCACAUAUAUAUAUAUUAUGAUACUCAAAAUGCAGUCUUCAGAAAAUUGGUUUGUGUGGUGUGGUUUUUUGCAUCAGCAGAGUAGCAGGAUUUCGUGGUUUGGGGUUUCCUUCUGAGCUGACCAGCACCACACUCUGCCUUCCACUGGUGCACAGCUGCUUCCCCGGGCACUGGAAGGGCUUUUCCAGCCUCUCCUCUCCCAGCUGCUCCACCAAACACUUCCCUGCGCACAGGUUGCAAAGGGGAGAGGCCGAGCCAGAGCUGCAAUGCUGUGUUGCCCUAGGGAUUACCAAAGGGAUCCUUGAAAAGCAAAGUGUGGACUAAGGGAAUAUUGCACCUGAUGUGAAAAAGCCGAAAAGGUUGAAGCCUUGGAUGGAGUAUCCAUCCUUGGAAUGGUAGGAGAACCAUGGUGGUACUUGUGCACCUGUAGCUGACUGGCCAAGGCCACAGAGCAGGGCUGGGGUGGGUUUUUGGUGAGUGUGUAACUCAUGGGCACGUCCAGGUGUGCUCCGGCCCUCAGGUCACCCCUAGACAAGGUUUUAUUUUUGUAGUAAAAGGUGACAGAGCUUGCCUUCUGCUGUGCAUUCCUCGACCUUGGAAACACCCAGUUGGACAGAAAUCAUUUCUGAACAUCUGCUGGUUGGGUAUCUGCCUAUCUUGGUAUGCAUCCAAAAUAUGUAAGAGAACCUCUGAGGGCAGAUGAGCCACUUGUGCCUCGUGGCACAAGGCGUGUGACAGCAGCAGUGAGAAGGCUUUAUCCAUAAAGCAGAUGGCAAAAGAAUUGGGGGAAAUCACUAAUUGCAGUGCCAUUGUCAGUUCUGGAACAGAUAUUUUUCAAGUCACAAGUCAAGGGAAGAAUGCUAUCUUGGUGUGAGGAAUACAGUCUUAAUUCAAGGGUGCUUUUAUGUGUCACUAGACUGGUUAGCAAGGAGCAUCUUUUUUAAGAAUGAUCUAGAACUUUGUUUUCCUUUGCUCCAAGAAAUGUAUUUAUAUAAAUUGCAAAACAACUUUGCAUUGUUGUUGGUGGUGAUAGUGCAUUUUGUGAUGCAAUAUAUCAAUUUCAGUGAUACACAUGUCAAAUUUCAAACUGAUCUUCCUCCUAGAACUUGCAGUUAUCCAAACCAUUUUCAAGGAUAAUGCAACUCUGAAGGAAGGGCUGGGAAAUUCAAAGCCUCUGUUUUUUUCUAUUAUGGAAGAUCUCCUUGGAUUAAUAAACAUCUAAAGCAAAUCCUUAUCUUCA